UCACAGGUGUUUCAGUUUCACUUCAAUAGAAAGAGAGCAAUGUCUGUGUUCAAAACCAACUACUCGAGCUUGGAGCUUCAUCAGCACUACAGAGAUCUUCCCCACAGCCUUGACAAUGACAGCAACUACAACCAGAGCCACUUAAAUCAUGAUAUGGAAUUUUGCAAUGUUAACCCUGUGGAUUGUAACCUGACACUGGAGGAGCUAUUGGUUAAGUACCUAGGGCCACGUAGGUCCAACUAUUCCAUCCCGAUCUGUGUGGUGUACCUGCUUAUCUUUGCAAUUGGUGCAGUUGGGAAUAUUCUGACCUGUAUUGUGAUUAUCAAGCACAAGAUCAUGAGAACUCCUACCAAUUACUACCUGUUCAGCCUUGCUAUUUCCGACUUGCUAGUCCUACUCCUUGGGAUGCCUUUGGAGCUUUAUGAACUAUGGAACAAUUAUCCAUUUCUUUUUGGAAAGGGAGGCUGUUCUUUCAAGACAUUGCUAUUUGAAACAGUCUGCUUUGCAUCCAUCUUGAAUGUGACUGCUCUCAGUGUGGAAAGAUAUAUUGCUGUAGUGCAUCCCCUGCGGGCAAAGUAUGUGGUGACCAGAAACCAUGCCAAGAAAGUCAUCAUUUCAGUGUGGGUUCUAUCAGUUCUUUGCUCUAUUCCUAACACCAGCCUUAGUGGUAUCAUUCAUCUGCAUGUACGGGGCCUUGGCGUAGUGCCUGGUUCUGCCAUCUGCACCGUGGUGAGACCUCGUUGGAUUUACAACUUUAUCAUUCAGAUUACAACCAUCUUUUUCUUCUUCCUGCCAAUGUCUACCAUCAGUGUCCUUUACCUGCUCAUUGGCCUUCAACUCAAGAAAGAGAAAAUGCUGCAGGUUUUGGAGGCUAAAUCUAGGGGGGAUGGAGAUAGUUACCAAAAUGUGCGACUGCAGCAGGAGAAGAGUCGGAGGAGACAGGUGACUAAGAUGCUGUUUAUCUUGGUGGUGGUGUUUGGGAUCUGUUGGGCCCCUUUCCAUACAGAGCGGCUUAUGUGGAGCUUCAUUGAAAACUGGACAGAGGAAAUGCACCAGAUGUUUUCUUUUGUGCAUGUGAUCUCUGGGAUCUUGUUCUACCUUAGUUCAGCGGUUAACCCCAUCCUGUACAACCUGCUGUCUACACGUUUCCGUGAGAUGUUCAAAGAAGUUAUGUGUCGUGGUAGAACGAAGAGGCUGGGUUCUAGAAGGUCUUCUCCCAGCGUCACGCGUGUAACUACACGAAGCACAGUGUGUGAGCAUAUCCCUGGGAAUGGGACGCCCUUCUCAGAUGUCGAUGAUUUUGAGGUUUAUCUGGAGUGUUAUAACAUGGCAAAAAAUGAGUCAUCUUUUUCCUGAUAUGUGAGUCUAUUUCCACUUUCUAGCAGUGCCAUUUUGCUGCACCUGGGAACAUUCUCCGUAUCAUUGCGUAUUUAUAAUUUCAACUUUGUCCUCUCUUUCCUGACCUGUGAUUUACACAAUCUGGCUUAAUGACAACAUCUCAACAUCAAAUUCCGUAUUUGCUUGACGGGACUUCAAAAAGUGCUGAACGACCACUGUUUAACAACCAUGUGCCAGAGCCAGUAGGCUAGUGCAAGAAUGUUUCAAUUCUCUGCUGCAAAAUCCAGCAACAUUUUCCAAAGUUAUGCCAAAAAGACUAUCGCUGUCUGCUAUUGAAUGUGCUAAAGACUACCUUCCUAGAGAAUUAAAAGGGUACCAGUGAAAAAGCAACAUUGUCCAUCUACAUAACCGAAGAUUGUAGGAUCACUUUAAAGACACUCGUACCUGAUUGGGGAUGCUAUAUAUAUACAGAGAGAGGGAGGGGUGAGGGAGCAGAGGCUAUGGAAGACAGAGAUAUACAAUUGCUCUAAAUUUCUUUUCCUGGAACAAUACAGUACAGUACUUUUCCUAGCUGUACAAUGUCAGGAGAAGAAGAGGCCAGGUUACACAUUCCUGAAGAAAGAUAAAAAAAAGAGUUUAAUAAACAUUUAAUAAAC